AUGGAAAAUAAAAAUAAUUCACAUGAUUUUUUAAAAUAUGAUAUGGAAUUUUUUUCUCUUGAAAUUUUACAACAUUUUGGUAUUCAUAUUGAAUGCUAUAAAUUUGACAAUAAUAUUUUUUAUUCGGAUAUGAAAAUUAAAAAUAUCCCAAUUCGUAUUUAUUCUAUUCGAACCGAGAAUAUAGAUAAUAUUUACGAAGAAGCAAAUCAAUUAGCUGAAAAUUUUUUUUAUUCUUUACGAUCUUCAAAGGAUAUUUGUUCUUUAAAAAUAGUUAUUAUCUUGUCGGAACAUUUUAUAACAUCAAAAGAUGUUUGGGAUAAAUAUAAAAAAGCCGGAUUUCAUCUAUUCGGAGGACCUUUACGAAUUGAUUUUAUUAAUGAAGUAAUUAUGGAUUUGGAAAAAGAAAAAAAACAAGCUGAAAUUAAAAGGAUGGGAAGAAUUUAUACUCAAUAUAGUAGUAAUUUAAAAAGAAAACGUAGAAAAGAAGUUAAAUAUUUACUAGAAGAAGCGGCUAGUUUUUUGAAUAAUAGAUCUUUAAAAUCACGAAAUACAAAUAAUUCUAUGAAUACUA